GGCAGUCACCCCGUCUCCUCCAGCCCCCGCCCCCGCCGCGGUUGCCUGGACACAGUGCAACGGACCCCAAGGGCCUUGGCCACCGCCGCCACGGAGCCAGAGAGGCGAGGCGCGGGGAGACCCGCGGAGCCGGUCUCAAAGUACCAUCAAUAACCAUGCCUGAAAAUAAGAAAAUUUCCCCUUCUCCGGCUGGAGAUGAUCAAGCCAAGACAGGUCUUACAUGUCUCAAAAUAAAGGCUCUCAGAGAAAAGGCACAGGAGAAGACAGAUCCAGGUACCCACGACAAUGCGAGAUUGGUUUUAUUUGGUGCCCCAAAUGAAACUGUUAAAGUUAUCCAUGAAAGUAAGAUGACAACUACUGAAGGGGUAAAUAAAGGCAUUUACUUUGGAUACCCAUGUCGACGUCACAGCUGUUCUUUAGUUAACAUCCCAGCCCCAUGUGUCAACAAAAUUAUUUCACACAUUGAAGAUGUGGAGUCUAAAAUACAGAAACACUUAAAACAGUUUGAAACUUCCUUUGAAGAAUGGAGCAGAACUUCUUCCAGGAAAGACAUGAAAGAUUGGACUGUUGCCAUACCAGAGGAAAAGUUCAAACCAGAAGAGAAGAGAGAUGAAAAGUGUCCAGAGUUAAGGCAAGAAAUGGAAACACUGCUCUCAGAGGCCAUCCAUCUCAUUAGAAGUCUAGAAAGUGACCGGGCUGAAGCUGAGGAAGCUCUAAAACAUCAAAGGAUAAGAAGGAAAAAGGUUGGCCUGAAAAUUGAUGCCUGGUCCAUCUGGAAACUUCAAGAACUCCCGCUAGCUGUGCAGAAAGAACAUGAGGCCUAUGUGAAAGAUAUUAUAGAACUACAAUGGCAUCUAGAGGAUAAAAUUCGUGAAGCACAAUAUAUAGAGAAACAAAAGAUAAAGUUAGAAAAAGCCAAUGCAAAGAUUAAAAUGGACGUGGACUACCUGCGUAGACAUGUCCCCCUGCUGGAUGGCAAGCAUAAGCAGGAACUGGAAGCUCUGAGAGAAUGUUACCAAAAGAAAUUUGAGGUAAUGGAGCUGUGCAGAAAAACUCAUGGAGAUCUUGAAGAAGUUAUAGAGGAAUAUGAAAACACCAAAUUUAAGGCUAAACAAAUGAAAGAAGACUUCGAAAAAGAUAUUUGUAAUGAUGAAGCAAAAAUAGAUGGCUACAGAAGAGAGUUAGAUAAACUCAACAAUCUAUUUAAUCAUUACUAUACAUCAAUACAAAAUGUUAAUGUUAAUAUUGAGGAGCAAGAAGAGGAAGUGACUGAAGUAAUAAAGGAAACAAAGUCAUCAAGGAAUGAAGUAGCUGCUUUAUCCAUUGCGUUAGAUGAUUUGAAGAAAAUAUUUGAUCAACAAGGCUGGAAGCAAAAAAGUUAUGAACAACAGUAUCUGGAAGCACUUAAUAAAUUUUAUGCUGCCAAAAAAUCGUGGGCUAUUGAGAUUUCUAAUGUCACAAAAGAUUUUUCAGAGGUUUCAUUAGCAUGUACUCAACUGAUGGAAGAAAAAAGAAGACUUGAGAUUGAAAUUGACAAUGUAACAAAUCAAAUCAGUGACAGUAUAAGGAAAAAAGCGGAGCAUGAGUCUGAAAUCCAAUCUUUGUUGAAACUGAAGUCAAAAAAUAAUGAUUAUCUCAAACAGCUCUACAUGGAGGCUUAUCACAUCAGUGCUGUUUACCACCUCAUCAAACAGAAAACAGAAGAAUUGGAUGAUAAAAUAGCAGAAGUGAGAAGAAGAUUCAAGGGUAGAGAAGAAUUCUUGAAAAGGCUCAUUCGAGCUCAGGUGUCUGCUGGAAUGAUAAUUCAGAGACGACUGUUUUCCAUUCAAGAAUCUCAGAUAUUUGAGAGGCAAGAUCUUCAGCAAAGGAAAGCAAUAUAUAACCUAACCAUGGCAGGCAUGGAGGCACCUCUGUUGAAACUGGAAGAGGAUGCUGUAAGAAUCAGAAAUCUCCACAAAGAUCAAUCUAAUACACUUAAUGAUAUACUUGAGAGGAAAGCAAAUGUUAGAAGAAAGGUGGAAAAAACAAAGAAAAAUUUGAAGAGAAAGGGAAGAAGAACUCUUGAAGCACUGACAGAAACUGAUAAUAAAUGUUCAACCAUUUUUAAAGAAUUGGAGGAAACUAAAAGUAAAACCAUUAUUUAUCAUGCAAAGAUAGAUGAACUGAUUCAGGAAUUAGAAAGAAAAGAAGAGGAAAGGAAAUGUUUUGAACAGAUGCUAGACAAUUUAAAAGAAAUAUUUUUAACUGCACAAUUUAAAAAGGAACAUGCACAAGCUGUGUUUGAUCAUCUCAUGCAAGAGAAAACACACUGUGAAGAGAGACUCUUUGAGGAAGAGCAGAGAUUUAGAAAGCUCUUUGCCAUGAGGCAAAAUACUCUGGAACACAUGAAACUGAUGAAAAUCAGACAAAAGGAUCCCCCUCCACAGAAGCCUAUGUCCAGGCUCACAGAGUCUGCUCUUCAAGCCCAGAAACAAUAGCUUCAAUCAAGAGGCCUGAGUUUCUGCUCUACAGAGAAUAAACAGUGCCAAGUAUUAUCAAAGUGAGUCACUUAAUUUGACCAUGUGGGAGCCUUGGUGACAGAAAGAAGGGUAUAAGUUGAUUGAGAAAGGUAGAUAGUCAAAUAUAAAGGUGAAAUGGGCAAGAUAUGGAAAGAAAUAGAGAAGAUGGUUUUAGAAUAUUUUUGAGAGCUUUAGUAAUAAAAGGAGUUUGUAUAUUUUUGUUUUCAAAUUGGAAACCCCAGGUAUGUUUCCCAGUAGAAGGGAAAGGGACAAAUUUGACUUAGAGAUUGAACUAUAUGAUGAAUGAUGCAAUUCUGCUUAAAUCUUUGUUUCCAACUGGAAUGUUGGUGAAGCUUUUUAAGGAGAGAAUAAUACCUCAUUCAUGUGAGUAAAUCCAGAAUCUGACACAAUGUCUGGGACAUAAUAAGUCCCAAACAUUUUCUGAAUCAAAGUCCAAAUUAUGUGAUUCAGCUCCUAUAAUAAGUGAAAAAGUGAAUUUUAUAUGUCAGUUUAUUUUUGCAAAAAUACUGUUCCCCAGCCAUCUACCCACCUUUCCAACUACUAAUUCAUCUACUUUUUAAAUUUAUUUUGAAGUCAUAUGCUGAAUAUGACUGCGCCAGAUUAUGCAUGUGUUAAAUGCAAAGAAGCACCUGCUUUCAAAGAGCCUCCCUGAGCAGUGGGAGAAGAAACAGGCACCAGUGAAUUAACAGGACAUACAGUGAGUGUUUUCCUUGAAUUAAGUGGAUUUAUCUGGGACCAAGGAAGAAGGAUUUGAGGGAAAUCUGACAAGGCUUUCUAAGUAGAUAUAGACAGAAUUAAGUGUUGGAGGAUGAGACUACUUCAAGUAGCUGAAACAGAGGAAAGGCAUGCAGUUACAAAAAAUCAGUGUACAUGUAGGAACUUCAGGUAAUUUACAAUGUUUGAAGACCAAAUCCAUACAUACAGGCAGAAACCAUAGCAUGAGGAGUGCAUGCAUACAAGUAGAAGUCACAUUAUGAAGGCUCUCAAUGUCAUCCUAAGAAAUUUGUGUCUCUGUAUGUGAGAGUGUGAAUAACUGAUCAGAAAGCUACCAUAGCAGCUGAGAAAAAUCCUAGGAAAAUUAGCAGGCAUUUCCCUUGAUCUGUUGUUUUACCAUGGUGUGGUGUUAACAAGCUAUAGGUGGCCUGAGACUGAUUCCCGUCAGCACCCAGAGUUGAGAAGCACCUAGGGUGGCUGGAGAUUAGACUUAGAAGUCUCUGCCAUGAGACAGCCUUGUCUGUUUACCUCCAGUUGUUAAGGUAAAUAUUUCAUUUUGUAUUUAUUCUAUGACAUAAAAAUGAUUGAAUAUCAUUGUGUUUACUAAGUUGGAGAGGAAUAAUGAUCCUGGAUGAAGCAAACUAACGGGUAAUUUAUCAGUGAAAUGAUGAGGUUCUAGUGACUGGUAAGGGAAAUUCCAGAGUUUUUUUAGUUAGUAUAGGAAGAAUUGAUGACGCUUUGGGUUCUGAUGGUGAGAGGGGUUCUCUAAGUAUGCAGUAGGUUUCUGACUUGGACAACAAGAUAGCUAAGGGUAUCAGCAUCUCAAUACAGGUAUUAUAGGUUGAGGAAUAGAUUUGAAACUGCAUUUAAUUGAAUUGAUAUAGAGUCUGAUGGAGGGCAUUAUUUGGAGGCCAGUGUCCUGAUAAAUGUAAGAAUGUGGAACACAAGAAACAAGCAUUGAGUGUAGAUAUGGUUGUGGAAAUUAUUAGCAUGUGCAUUGUGGCAGAGGCUUCAGGAAAUCUUAAGAACACAGUCAGCAUAAGAGGAGGGAUCCAAACAGACCUGGUUGGGUGUGUAUGAGAUAGAAAGGGGAAUAAAAACAGAGGAAGCAAAAGGCUCAGAGGUUGUAGUUAGAAAGUGAGGCAUCAGAGUUUAAAACUUCAAAGUGGUGCCAUUUUAGAUAACAAAGUCAGAAGGGUGACCAUCGGUAUGAGUGGUUAAUGGAAUGUGGAAUUGAAGUUAACUUGAUUUGAGUAAGUCCAUAAAUUCUAAGAUUAAAAUAUUGGAAAGGUCAUUGAGAUAGAUAUUAAAAUGAAACAGAAUGAUGCUGGAACAAGGGAUAGACCGGAAGAAGAGAUUGUGUCCCAUGGGCCAGAGUCUUCAUUUAGUGUGGAAAAAUUACCAGAACUGUAAAAAAAAAAAGCUAUAGUGUUAUUGUAUAUAUUAUAUUCUUUAAUCAAUAUAAAAUUAAAAGCAAAAAAAUGUAUUUAUGUAAGCAGGGAGAAUAAUGGUUUUCUCUGCAAAAAUGGAGAGAAAGGGUUGUGUUAACUAAAACUACACUUUCUGGUAUAUGGGACCUCAAGAAACCAGUAUUCUCUAACUCAGGCCCAGAUUUAGCUCAUGGAAAUAAUUGCAUGUAGUGCCUUUUACCAAAGAUGGACUACAUCUGAGCUUCUUUAACAAGGAAUGAUACUUCGAGAAUUCAUAUAUGAAAAGGUUUAAACUAGGACAAUUGUUCAGUCCAAUUAAUAAGUAUUUAUUAAGUUUCUGCCACAUGAAAUAACCCAUUCUUGAUACUGAGGACUGUUGGGAUAAAGCCUCAUCCUUAACUCUGAGAAGCCUAUCAGCCUAGCAGAAGAGAGAGAAUUAGAAACGUCUUUUCAAUAUGAUUUACUAACCAGAGACAGAUUCAAAAGGGGAAGGAGUAGUUAAAAUGAAACAUUCAAAUAUUGUUGCCUCUCAUCAAAAAUUUUUUUUAAGAUAGGAAAUGAGUUCCUGGGACACAAAGACUUGAUAUAGUAUUGCCCCGCCUUUAUCAUCAAUAAUGGUGUCAACAGAAUUAUAUUGUGUCGUAAGGUAUUGUAAAUAUGCACUUACAGAUCAGGGUCUCUAAUCAAGAAUUUUUUUAAAAAAAGUCACAUAAAACCAGCUUAGCAUUGCUCAGUAACAUAACACAUUUUUUCUUAAUCUUGGUUGCUCAUAUAAUUAAAAGAAUCUUCUAUUGUCCACCUUCCUUUACAUUAUAUCUGUCUUACAUGGGUUGUUAAAUUCAGGAAGAUCACUUGAUCUUGCUUUCAGAAAAAUGAAUUUAAUGCUGCAUAUAUGAGAUAUCUAUAGAGUUAUGUUAUUCACAAGCAUAGAUCCUAAAGUGGUCCACCAGAGGCAGGAAAUUAUUGUCCACUUCUGAAAGUUUGUAGUGUGUUUUUGUUUCUUUAAGCUUUUCAAGGGAGUUGAAACAGAUUAGAGAGAGAGAGAG